GUGAGCCAAAUGGCUUUAAUUAAUUCAUCGCCAGAGUUGUGUCAGUCGAAGCUUGAGAUUACAAUAUUUGUUCUCGUUGGAUGUCUUGGUUAUUCUAAUUCGGCUAUUAAUCCCUUACUCUAUGCUUUCCUUAGUGACAACUUUAAGAAGUCAUUCAUGAAAGCUUGUUUGUGUGCGAGAAGCAAUGACUUCAAUGGUCCGCUUCAUGUAGAAAAUAGCAUUUUCCCUCGUUUCGGAAGAAGUCGAGGCUCAGAGAAGUUGACUUCGAUAGCGAAAAACAAUUUCAACAAAACGAAAACAUCGACCGCUGCUGGUGGUGGUACUAAUGUUAAAGACUCUGAAGGAGCAGUCGUUUUCCAGCAAGAUAAGUGCAAGAAUAAUGUUUUUGUCAAAACUACAGCGAUAACGAUUCCGUGCAUUCCUGAAAACAAGGAAAAUAAUAAUAUUAAUGGUCACAAUGAGACAACGAAUACAGUUCAACGAACCGCCGUCCUUCACACGGAUCUGUGA